AUGUUCGCUUAUUUUAUUUUACUUUUUGUUGCACUUUGUUCAUUGUUAACAAUUGAUGCACAGGUAGUUCCAAUACUACCAUUCACUCCAGAAUCAAUUUCUAUAAAACCAGAUGAUCUUCCACCACCGUUUUCAACCGGAUCGGCUUCAAAACCAGCUAUUGUUGUUGGAGUACCAAGUAAUGCAACUUUAUAUGUACCAGAUGUUCGUUUUCGAGUAACCAUCUAUCGUAGUGGUAUGAAUGCACCACGACAUAUGGUUUAUACUCCAACUGGUGAUAUCUUAGUGACAGAAAUGAGUGGUAAUCGUAUAUCUAUUUUAUCUGGCACUACAACAGCUAUUUUUGCUGAUACAUCAAAUGGAAUUUCACGAGCAUUUGGUAUAGCGUUUAUAAAGGAUUGGUGUUAUAUUGCUAGUGCCGGUGAACUUCGUCGAUAUCCAUAUGUUGAUGGUGAGAAAAGAUUAAGAGGUACUGGACAGAUCUUAUUAACAUAUGGAAGUACUGGUCAUACGACACGUAGUUUAAUAGUAUCACCAAAAGGUGAUCGUCUUUUUGUCACAGUUGGUUCCAAUAGUAAUGUUGAUAUUGAAUAUCCAUCUCGAGCAUCAGUACAAGUGAUUAACUUAGAUGGAUCAAAUAAUGCAACAUUUGCUUGGGGUUUACGUAAUCCAGUUGGUAUUGAUUUUCAUCCUAAAACAGGUGAUCUUUACGUAUGUGUACAAGAACGUGAUGGACUUGGUGAUGAUUUGGUACCCGACUACUUUACAAGAAUUCAACAAGAUGAAUUUUAUGGAUGGCCAUUUGCUUAUAUGUCACCAAAAUUUGUUGAUCCACGACGAGUCUUUGCUAAUGGUACAAGUCAGCGUCCCGAUCUAGUUCAAAUUACACGUACACCUGAUGUUCUCUUCCAAGGACAUUCCGCUGUACUUGAUAUGCAAUUCUAUCGUGGUAAUCAAUUUCCAAGUCGCUAUCAAAAUGGUGCAUUUGCUGCUUUUCAUGGUUCAUGGAAUCGUCAAGCUGGUACUGGUUAUAAAGUUGUUUUUAUUCCAUUCGGUGCUGAUAAUCGUCCACUUGGUUAUUAUGAAGAUUUUCUCAAAGGAUUUCUUGUUGAUCCUCAAGGUCCAAGAACAUUCGGUCGUCCUGUUGGAAUUUUUGAAAUGAAAGAUGGAACUCUUUUAAUUAGUGAUGAUGGAAAUGGUCGCAUAUAUCGAAUUGAAUAUGUCUAA